AACAAACCCACUCAACAAACAAGUGUCAUGUGCAUAUUUUCAUGUGUUGUACAAGAGAUUUGUAAUUUUUAUGUAACAAAAUGAAUCCUGAACGGAUGAAAGAAGAACUGCUACUUGAGGCAUCUGCUUACGGAGAUGAAAACAAUGUCAAGGAGUUAUUGAAGUCUGGAGUCAAUAUAAAUGCGCAAAAUAGUGUAAAUGGAUGGACUGCAUUGCAUUGGGCUGCUAAAAGAGGUCAUUCAAAUGUUGUAAAUUAUUUGCUUCUAAAUGGAGCAGAUGCCUCACUUACAUCUAACCAUGGAGAAACUCCAUUUUCGUUGGCCAGAAAAGAAGACAUAAAAGCAGUUUUACCAAAUAAUUGCUGUGAAGAGUCUCAAGUUGGAAGGAAGGAAUCUCCACUUCCUAUAACUCCAAAUUACUUAUCAAAUCCACCGUUAACUCAAAGCAUAGAUAUGCAAAAUAUAAUGAAUUCAGAAUGUCCUAAACCUGUUCUUUCCAGAAAUUAUUUUGAUAAACAUGUUGAUGAUGAAUUGGUGCUAAAAGUAAGAACAUCUGAUCCACCAAAUCAAGACUUCAUCGAAGUUGAAGUUCCAAGAGAAGACCUGUCAUAUGAAAAUGUGUUUAAAAUAUGUUGUGAAGAAUUAGAAAUAUUGCCAAAAAAUGUUUUCAAACUAAGAAAGUUGCCGAAUACCAUAGUUCGGAAAGAUAAAGAUGUCUUAAGAUUUCAGAACUUUCAAGAAUUGGAGCUGGUGAUAAACAUGCCUUCAAAUACAAAGCAAACAUCUCAAUUUUCUCAGGACUAUCAGAAAGCAAGUAGCAAUGGAUGUGAUGAUACGAGUAAAUUUGUUUCUAAGUCAUGCUUAGUAAAUAACUCAAACUUUUGUAAAAACGGUGAAAUUCUUUAUUGACCUGUUAACUGUGAAUAAGUAAUUAUUUCCCAAUGGGAACUUUUUUCUUCACUGUGUAACAAAAUAUCUCAUCAUGCCCAUUAUUGUAGUCUAAAUGUGAAGAAAUAUUUUGUCACACCAUAUCCAUUUAAUGGAUUAAAUAAUACUAGCGCUGCUGCAUUUUUUAGCUGCAAUUAGGUGUUCAAGUUUUAUGUUUCUUAAUCCCAAUAGAGAGACAGUACAUAUGCUUAUACAGCAUGCAUUAUAUCUGCUAAGAAAACUUGUAUCAAUAUGAAAUGAAAUUUUGUGAUGACAUUUUAUCAUCUGUUAUUGAGAUAUAGGAUAAGACUUGGCAUUUACACAAUCAACUCUCACUAACUCUAAGUCUCAAAGGAUGAGCUAAAACCUUGAAAUUAUUGACAGUACAAGUUAUGAACAGUUCCUCUCGACGUUCCCAACGCCUUUAUGAAAACAUCAAGUAAAGAAAUAUUUGAGUUAUCAAGAAUUAUUUGUAAUACCCAGGUGUUGUAUUUAAUGUUAGAUUUCAUGCAUUGCCAUUAACAUAAUUAUAGAGCUGCCAACUGCUACGAAAAAAUCGUAGCAGUUUCCACGAACUACAGCUUUAAAAACGGGUCCAAAAACUAUGAUUUUCGGAUUUUUUAAUUUAUAAUCCCAAAAACACACACGCAAAAGAAAAAAAAAACAGAAUAAAAACUAAACCAGUAAGUUCAGAAAAUCAAACUUCUACACAUGUGCUGAUGGCCUCUAUGCAACAAGAAUCACUCUUCGAAAGAUGCAUGGUGUAAAGAUGGAUCAGUUUUUAGAUUGCAACACUGAUCCAGUCAUUGAAUCUUUGGCAAAAAAGCGGAAAAACUGAAAAAAAUUCCAUGAAGAAUUAAUUUUUUUUAAAUUUUGUAUUAAUAUUUUCUGUGUCAUUUUUGAAAGUUGUUAAGUAUCGUUGUUUUUGUUCUUCAUACUGUUGAAAAUUCAUCAGUUUGAAUCCACGGCAGUGCCCCCCCCCCCUGCAAAAUGCUGCUACGAUUUUGGAUUUUUAAAAGUUGGCAGUUCUGUAAUUAGGAAAAGACUAUUUAUUUAUUGACUCUAUUUCUUGAAAGCAAAAAAUGAGAAAAUAUUCAGAAUCUGCAAUUUUUUGGUACCAAAAAAAAAAAAAAAAAAAUGAUUUUCCAUGUUGUCAUUUAUUUUAAAAAAAUUUCAAUUGUUCAAAAAUUCCGUUAAUAGCCAAUUGGGGAAAAAAAUCUUUUCUUUGCAUGUUUCUCAUCAAGAGUUUUUUUCCCAACAAAGUUUGUUUGAAGCAUCUAUAUUGGUUUUAAGUUUCUCCAUAGGUGCUAAUGUUAAGUUUUUUUGAAUUAAAAAAAAAAGUCUGUUCAAGUCAGACUAUUCACUUAAAAGUUAUUGGGGGGGGGGGGGGACAGACAUACAUCUUUUUCACCUCAAAGUCCUACUUUCCAAUUUUUUGAUACAGUAAUUUCUCAUUACAUCACGCCUCGUUAUUAUUACUGAUUUGGAUAUAUCACGUUUUCCUUGCCUCCCAAAAAAUAAAAUUUUAAUUUAAAAAAUGUUGCUUUACUUGUCUUCCCAGUAAAUUUUUAAAAAAAUAUUUCUCAAAAUUUUUUUUUUCUUUGUUUAAGCAAUGAACUAAACUUGCAUUUUUGGUAUACGUUUGUUACAGUUUAAGCUUCAACUUUUGACUCGUAUUCCAUCGUAAAACAAUUUAAAAAAAAAUCUUUUAAAGGAAAAUUUGUAGACAAAUUUCCUUUUGUUUUUAUUAAGAAAAUUCAUCCUAAUAGGAUAGCGCACUAUUAUUUUUUUUUAGAGGCACAUGCAAUUAAUUUUUUUGACCUCAGUUAUAUUGCAUUUUCAGAUAGCGCUCCUUUGGUGUCCCCUGACAAGAGUGAUGUAGCGAGUGGUUACUGUAUUUAUUUUAUUCAUUUAUUUGAUUUUUUUUUGAGUGGCCUUAGGUUAAAACUUACGUUAUCAAACCUGAUAUGGUUGUUAAUGUACUUGUAAUGACUAUUGUGACAAAAAUUCACUCUUCAGUAGGUUAAUUCUGGCUGUACUAGUGCGUGACCUAGUACUAGGAAUGAAUCAUCAUAAAAACUUGACUGAAAAGGGGUAAAACAUUAAAAUUUCUUGUUUAAAUUGUUGAACUUGGGCUUUGAGAUGCAUUUCAGGCUUUCUGUGUAUCAAAUUUCUUGAGUAAAAAAGAAAUAGAUUUGUCUCAACAUCACGCACAAGUAAUUUUCUUUAUUAGUAGAGAUUGAAGUUGAUGGAAGUCUACUUCAAUAACUUUUGAUCAAUAAUGAUUUAAAAGAAGAAAGAAAAAAAAAAACCUUUUUUUUCCUUCAAAUUCUUUGAUUAGUUUCAAUCAGAAUCUAAUAGGACAAAAAGUAUCACACAAACUGAAUGAACUAUUUUUAAUAUGAAAGAGUUGUUGGUUUUCCCGAAAGCAAACUCAAAUGUAUACUUAAAUCUGGCCUUAUGAAGUGUAGCUUACUGUUCACAUAAAUUUAAACUAUAGUGGCAGUCCUGGAAAUGUUUUAUUAGACUGCUUUUUCCUUUUAAUGUUAUUUUGUAUAAAAAAUUAAGCAAUAAAAAAAAUGCACUUGUUAGCAAAGAUCCCAUUAAAAAUUAGUAUGCAUUCUUUCAUAAUAUGAAAUUACAUUAUACUUAUUAAAUAUAGUAAUAGUUUUAUAUCAACUUUUAAUGAAUUUUACUUUUGCUUAGUUCAAGCUUGUUAAAGUACAUUUAACUAUUUUUUGUUUGUCAAAUAUUAUUGAUCUAUAAUAUAU